AUGGCAGCAGCUCAAGUCUUACUGGCUGACGCUCAAUGGUGGGAUAGUCGCAGCGUUUACGUUCUGUGCCCGUGGUGCGACAAGAUACACCGCCAUGGAUUCGAUGGAAAUUAUGCCGGACGCCACAUGCGCGUCGCACAUUGUGACCCCAUCAUUAACGGCAGAUUUCGGUCUCAGCAUUACGAUAUCAAGCUGUUAGGUACUUGUCCCGAGAAUGUGGACUACGAAAUCGACAAGACAAACCUUCGAUUCGUUGCAGGCGGAGCGCGUCUGCCCGCGGAGAACGAUGUUUCAGACAAUGAAGCAGACCGAUUGAGAGCUGCCUUCAAGCAGGAAAUUGAGUCAAAACCAAAGUGGACAGAUGCAGGGGAAGCCAUUUAUGUUGAUGAUGUCUUUCUCUCAAGGAUCAUUCUUGUGAAGUCAGAAUUGGUCACGGGCAAUGUUCCCUACGUCAAGCACUACCUGGAGACCUCCACAGAAGCGAAAAUAUUUCUCCAUGGGGUUCACUCUUGGGAAGAAGCCCAAUCUUGCAACUGUAGCGAUUGUAAUUUGAUCUAUGGAGGGCCAAGAACGGCUGAUAAGAGCGUUGGUACAUUAGGGAGCACGGCGCUACAUUUGGCUGCAUGUGAAGCAAGUCUCGAGAUGGUUCAACUUCUCUUGUCACACGGCGCUGAUCCAAAUGCUGUAGAGGUUGACGGUCGGACACCAAUGAUGGAGGCAGCGCUGUGGGGUAGGCUGGAAAACGUGGAGGCUUUGUUGCAGCAUGGGGCCAAGAAAACUCAGAAGUGCGUAGAAGGGAAUCGCCUCCGAUGUGCUGUGGAUUUUGCGGAACCGUCAAAAGAAAAUUCUGAGGCUCGAUGGGGACGCGCAGGUGGUACUUCCCGAUCUGAACCUAUAUAUAAGGAGGACACGGUUGCGCGUGAUCGUGAUCGUCGCGAUAUUGUGCGGCUCCUCGAUGAUUCAGCACAUGAGCGACACGUUCUCAAACUGGCUGCGUUCUUCUUCCAGAAACUGGGACGCAACCCCACAGUGCUAUCUCUGACUACUCAGUAUACCCUGUCACAAGAUUCGAAAACAGUGGCUUGGAUGAAGCGCGGAGAUACUCUCCCGGAUGUUGUUGCAAUGAGUGGCUGGUCACCAAUAGCCAGUGAAAGUAUUCUAAUUGCUGGCCAAGAUUGGACAAGUAAGGUCUUGCACCUUUACAAAGUGGUUGACUUUCCACGAGCACCCCACUCUUAUGAUCGUGGUGUUCUUGGGCGGUAUUUCGCAUGUCAUGCAGAGAAGCAAUUGGUCGCAUACUUUGUUUAUAAACAUGUCUUCUUGCCGCAAGAAAUGGAGAUUUAUGACGAGGAGCCUGGCGAACUUGAAAGGUACACGGAGUCACUGUCAUUACAUGACACCAAAGGAGAAGCGAUUCGGGACGGAACACCACUAGGAGAGGAAAGCUAUGAGUACAGAAGCAAGCUCAGUGAGCUAUACGCAGCACGUCCUGGUUACUCUUUGAGAGCUGCCACAAUACUGGUCAGCAGACAAGUAUGUCCUGACUGCAAGAAGUUUGUCAAGCAAGUCAACGUCAAGUUGGGGUUGUCAAUCCGCAAGUCGAUCGCGACACACGGGAGGCGCAGGCGGAUUUGCUCGAGACAGGGGAUGGCAGCACAGCCAAUCAAGUGGUUGCCACAUUAUACCGAUGACACUGUACAUAUAAAGGCCGAGUGCCCGACUCUCAAGUUGGAAUCAUUUCAGUAUCGGAAACAAACGCAAGGCGGCUUCUUCGGCUACCGAUCAUUUUCUGCCCCAAUCACUUCAAAUUACGCACAACACCCUAUGUCUGCUCAAACCCACCUGCGCCAGCUGGGCAAGGACGGUCCCCUUGUGUCCGCUUUGGGCACAGGUCUGAUGGGAUUGUCCGUGUUCUAUGGCGCUGUGCCCAGCGACGAGGAGCGAUUCAAGUUUCUCGAUCGAGCUGUUGAGAUCGGAGCAACUUUUUGGGAUACCGCAGCUCUCUACGGCGACAGCGAAGUCCUAAUUGGCCGGUGGUUCAAGCGCUCCGGAAAGCGCAAUGAGGUCUUCCUUUCGUCCAAAUUCGGCAUUGUCAUGGAUCCCCCAAUGGUGUUCUCCUACAGGAGCACCGGCAGCUAUGCUAAAGAGUCUUGUGCCAAAAGUUUGGAGCGUCUGCAGACAGACUAUAUUGAUCUAUUCUACCUUCACCAUCCAAACCCCGAGACACCUAUCGAAGAGACGAUGAGGGCACUUGCUGAGCUUAAAGCAGAAGGUAAAAUCAAGCACAUUGGGCUGUCCAAUUGCAGCUCCAGUACAAUUCGUCGUGCUGUGAAGAUUGCGCCUGUUGCUGCUGUCCAGAUCGAGUAUUCUCCUUUUGUGCUCGAGGCUGAGAACGAAGCCAGCACGAAUGUGCUCGCUACAUGUCGAGAACUUGGUAUUGCUGUUAUCUGUUAUUCGCCUCUGGGAAGAGGCAUUCUCACAGGUGCCUUCAGUACGAAGGAGUCGCUGAGCGACCCUAAAGACGGUCGUGCGGCCUCGCUUCCGUGGUUCUCUGACGGGAACCGCGAGGCCAACGCCAAGAUUGUCGAGGAGUUCAAGCAGAUCGCUGACAAACAUAACUGCACCACUAGUCAGCUUUCCCUCGCGUGGCUGUUGAAGCAAGGCGAUAACAUCAUCCCGAACCCCGGCACCAAGAGUAUCGAGCGACUCGAGGAGAACCGGGCUGCACUCGACAUCAACCUGACCGACGACCAUGAGAAGGAGAUCCGCGCAUUUCUGGAGAAUGCCAAGAUUGCAGGGAAGUCUAGGCCCGACAAGUACAAAGAUGCCGGCUGGAUGGAUACGAAGGAGGAAGAGUAG